GACCCACGUGGCCGGCUCGGCGAGGGAUUCGGGAGCCUGUGAUGCGAUCCCACUGCGCAUUCUGCUGUGAACUUGCCGGUGCCUGCGCCGAGGUCCUAGGUCCUUGCUGUUGUCGCUGACACCUGUGGCUCGGGUGAAGGUCCCCCUACCGGAGGAGUCCUGUCCGGCCGGAGACUUCUGGGGGCUCCUGCCGAUCCCACUCUAGGCCUGUCCCCUUAGAGAAGUCUCCGGCCGAGAGAACCUGUUUUUAUUUCCUCGCUUUUUUGACUGGUCCUCUCCCGAAUUCGUCCACGCCCCCGCCCGAAACCCUCUACCCUAAAAAAAAACCCAAAAGCCUUGACUUUGGGGAUGCAGCUUCGUUUCUUAUGUUUUGUUAGCUUAUAAUUGAACAUGAGUCUUCUUAUGAUUAGUGAGAAUGUAAAAUUGGCCCGUGAAUAUGCAUUGCUGGGAAAUUAUGACUCUGCAAUGGUCUAUUAUCAGGGAGUUCUUGAUCAAAUGAACAAGUAUCUAUACUCAGUCAAAGAUACAUACCUCCAGCAGAAAUGGCAACAGGUUUGGCAGGAAAUAAAUGUGGAAGCUAAACACGUUAAGGAUAUCAUGAAAACACUAGAAGGCUUUAAACUAGACAGCACUCCAUUAAAAGCUGCACAGCAUGAGCUUCCAGCAUCCGAGGGAGAAGUCUGGUCCCUGCCUGUACCUGUUGAACGAAGACCCUCACCAGGACCUAGAAAACGCCAGUCAUCUCAGUACAGUGACCCUAAACCACAGAGUAACCGUCCAGGUACAACUGUCAGAGUUCACCGUCCGUCCGCACACAGUCUUCACAAUGACAGAGGGAAAGCUGUUCGUUGUCGGGAAAAGAAAGAACAGAAUAAAGGAAGAGAGGAAAAGAACAAAUCACCUGCUGCAGUUACAGAACCAGAGACAAAUAAAUUUGAUAGUACUGGAUACGAUAAGGACUUAGUAGAAGCUUUGGAAAGAGAUAUAAUUUCUCAGAAUCCCAAUGUUCGAUGGGAUGAUAUUGCUGAUUUAGUAGAAGCUAAAAAGUUGCUUAAGGAAGCUGUGGUGUUACCAAUGUGGAUGCCAGAAUUCUUCAAAGGCAUUAGGAGACCAUGGAAAGGAGUGUUGAUGGUUGGCCCACCUGGCACAGGAAAGACCCUCCUUGCUAAAGCAGUAGCUACUGAGUGCAAGACAACGUUCUUCAAUGUCUCUUCAUCAACUCUGACUUCCAAAUACAGAGGAGAGUCUGAGAAGCUUGUUCGUCUUCUGUUCGAAAUGGCUCGAUUUUACUCUCCAGCCACCAUAUUUAUCGAUGAGAUAGAUUCCAUUUGUAGCCGCAGAGGGACUUCCGAAGAGCACGAGGCAAGCAGAAGGGUGAAAGCCGAGCUGCUGAUUCAGAUGGACGGUGUUGGAGGUGCUUCUGAAAAUGAUGACCCUUCCAAAAUGGUUAUGGUUCUGGCAGCUACUAAUUUUCCCUGGGAUAUUGAUGAGGCUUUAAGACGACGGCUUGAAAAAAGAAUCUAUAUUCCAUUACCAUCAGCAAAAGGCAGGGAGGAGCUAUUACGAAUAAGUCUACGUGAGCUGGAAUUGGCUGAUGAUGUUGACCUUGCAAGUAUAGCAGAAAACAUGGAAGGUUAUUCAGGUGCGGACAUUACCAACGUGUGCAGGGAUGCAUCCUUGAUGGCAAUGAGAAGGCGUAUUGAAGGUUUGACCCCAGAAGAAAUCAGAAAUCUUUCAAGAGAAGAAAUGCACAUGCCUACAACUAUGGAGGAUUUUGAAAUGGCUUUAAAAAAGGUUUCUAAGUCAGUAUCUGCUGCAGACAUUGAAAGAUAUGAGAAGUGGAUAUUUGAGUUUGGAUCAUGCUAAAUUCUCACAUGUAAACUGUGAGAAACCUGCAUUAAGUGUUUGAAUAAUAAUUAAAAGUAGUAUUUCAUUGCA